GCCUACAUGUAAAGCGUGAAGUUUAGCGGAGAUAACUAACUCUAUAUAUAUUUAGGUAGCAAUGAACCCCGAGUUUACUGCACUUGUUUUAAACACAUUAAGGAAUGCCUCAAAUCAAGAUGCACAACUUUUAAAGCCUGCUGAGCAACAAUUAAGGCUAUGGGAAACACAACCAGGGUUUUAUUCAACAUUAUUGGCAAUUUUUUCAAACUAUGAAAUUGAAGUGAAUGUACGUUGGCUGGCUGUGUUAUACUUCAAAAAUGGUGUUGACAGAUACUGGAGAAGAAAUGCACCCAAUGCUAUAUCAGAAGAGGAAAAGACAGUGCUAAGACAAAACUUGUUGUCUAACUUUAGUGAACCAGUUCACCAGUUAGCUGUGCAGCUAGCGGUUCUGAUUGCUAAAAUUGCGAGGUUUGAUUGUCCAAAGGAAUGGCAGGAACUUUUACCAAGGGUGCUUGAAGCAGUAAGAAAUAAAGAUGAGUUAUAUCAAGAACGAGCUUUACUGACACUGUAUCAUGUUGUGAAAGCUUUGUCAUCAAAGAGAUUAGCAGCUGAUAGGAGGAUGUUUUAUGAUCUGACGUUGAACAUUUUCAACUACAUUCUGUACCUAUGGGACAACCACACACAACAAAUACUACAUCUAAUUUCUCAGAAGGACUUCAAUCUGUCUGCUUCUCUAGAGAAGUCAUUGCUGUCAUUAAGAGUGCUGAGAAAACUCAUUGUGCAUGGCAUGAAGAGUCCUCAUGAGGUGGAGGAUGCUGUUCGUUUCAUGAGUCUUGUCUUCCAUAGGAUUCCAGAGUUUCUACAUUGCAGAAAAGCUGUAGAAGACAGGAACAAUCUUAGAGAGCUGAUUCAGAAAUCUUUAAUUGUUCUAACUAAAGCACUACAUGACGUGCUUGAACUUCAUCCCUUCUCGUUUGUUCAGUUCAUCAGGUCAUCGCUGGAUUGUACUGUUUCUCUGUGUUUUACUCCAGCUGGGGAAGGUUUGCUUUUUGAGAGAUUUAGAGUCCAGUGUUUAAACUUGAUCAAAGGAAUUUUGUUUUGCCCGGAAUACAAACCAGCUAAAGUAAUUGAAGAAACCAAAGAACCUGCCACACUAGAAGCCCAUCGUAUCAAAAUGGAAUUUUUUACUUAUUCUACUUUAACAGAAAUAUGUCGGAGACUACUGACAAAUUAUUUUCUUCUAACUGAAGAAGACUUAGAUUCUUGGGAUAAUGAUCCAGAAGAAUUUGCAACUGAUGAGGGAGGAGAGACGUGGAAGUUUAGUUUGAGGCCAUGCACAGAGGUCCUUUUUCUGACUUUGUUUCAUGAGUUUCGUCAAACUCUUACUCCUCUGAUUUUAGAUAUGGUACAGAAAGUCACUAGGGAACCUGCAACAGAAGAUAUGCGAUCAAUCUUGCAAAAAGAUGCUGUAUAUAAUGCAGUUGGCUUGGCAGCAUUUGAAUUGUUUGAUGACAUUGAUUUUGACAACUGGUUUUUGGAGGUUUUAUUACAAGAAUUGAAACUCAAGACUUCAAGCUAUAGAAUCAUUCGACGAAGAGUUACGUGGUUAAUUGGUCAGUGGGUUGGAGUGAAGCUGUCCCCAGAACUCAGGCCGAUUUUAUAUGAGGCCUUGCUUCCAUUGUUAGAUGAACAAGAAGAUCUUGUAGUGAGAUUAGCAGCUGCAAAUACUUUGAAAUAUAACAAUGUAAAAUUGUUUUUAUUCUUCUUACAGUAUCUUGAAUCAAGUGUCGGUUUACUCUACACAUUGCUGGAGCAAGCAAAUGAGUGUGACACCAAGAUGACUGUGCUCCAUGUUUUGUCAUUUAUCAUCGAGAGAGUUGGAAGUCAGAUCCGGCCACAUGCUGCUGCUCUAGUUCGCUAUUUACCCCACUUGUGGGACAUGUCUAGCCAUCACAACAUGCUCCGCUGUGCAAUUAUUUCAACACUCGUUCACUUGGUUCAGGGUCUUGGAACAUUGAGUGAAAAGCUUCAAUCAUUCCUUUUGCCUGUGAUAGCACACAGCACUGAUGUAAAUGAACCCCCUCAUGUCUAUCUAUUGGAAGAUGGUCUAGAUCUUUGGUGGGCAGUUAUAGAAAAUUCACCAGGAAGUUCUCCAGACCUACUCCAACUUGCUGGCAGUAUUUUCCCUCUGCUAGAACUUGGAUCAGAGAACUUGCGGACAUGUUUGCACAUAGUACAAGGUUAUAUUUUGCUAGCACCUCAAGAGUUUCUUCAGAACUAUGGACAAAACCUAGUGAGUUCUUGUUGUAGCAUGAUAACAGAUAUUCGACCAGAAGGAAUGGUGUUAGUCAUGAGGUGUGUUGAAGUAGUGCUGCGAGUAUUCCCAGAAGAAGGCUCUGAUCUCUUUCAUCCACUGUUGUCCACAGUUCUUUCUUCUCUGUUACAAAAUGAGGAUUUCCCAAUGGUAGCCUCCAUGUAUCUGUCAUUGUUAGCACGGGUUAUUCUUCACAAUCAGAGAGUAUUUGCUAAGUUGCUUCAGGAUAAAGCUUCAGAGAAAGGACAGCAGACUGAAGAAGUUUUGAGCAGCAUGCUGGACAUCUGGCUAGAAAAGAUGCCUUUGGUUCAUCCUGUUGAAAGAAGAAAGCUAUUAGGCUUAGCUUUGACUUCUAUGAUUACUUCUAAUGUAGUUGUAAUUCAUGAUCGGUUUUGUGGUCUGCUUCUGGCUGUAAAUGAAGUUCUGAAUGACAUUAUUAGAACAGAUGACCCAGAGGCUAUGAUAGACUCUCUUGUUCUAACUAAUUCGGAUGAAUUACACCAAGAUCAUGAUGAAGAGACAGAACACGACAAGAGAAAACGAGAAUUGUCUAUACAUGACCCCGUGCACACAGUGGCCCUGAGAGAAUAUCUGUGUACCCAGAUGAAUGCCAUUCAACAAUCUCUUGGCCAGAGUACAUUUGAACAGUUGAUGUCAACAGUGGAUGCUGAAACACUUCAGCAGCUCAAGGAAUAUAUUCGUGCUUGAGUACUGAAUAGUGGUUUAAAGUGACUAAUGAUUUGUACUGUUUGUUAAUGCUUUGUACAGAAAUGUCUGGUGACUCAUUAACUACUGUUUGAUCUCAGGCAUUGUUGUACAGUUAUUACGGACCUUGAUUGGUAACCGAAAUUGGCCACUUGGAUGGUGGCCAGUAAAAGUGAAGUUGUCACAUACACUGUUAUGAAUGUUUAUCAUUCUAUACAUUUUUAUGAGAAUGAUAAUAUUACGUGAAUUUAUUUUAUAAAUAGUUGGCUUACACUAUUUAUUCCGUUAUCUACUAGUACUAAUCUCAUAUGAAAAUCUUAGCUUCUGGUAAAGUCUUAUAAGAAAAUAUAAGCAGUUAAGAUCUUAUGCAGUUUUCCAAGAUCUAAUUGGACAAUAUUACUAUGUUUUGGAAAGUCUCGCAUGAUGGAACUUGUAUAACUCAGUUGUUAGAUCGUAAACCAUCACUGAAAACCUUGACAAAUUGUUUAUUAAAUCUUGUUAAUUUAAUGAAAUUUUUUUUUAAAUGGUUGUAAGUUAUAAUAAAGAGGUCUUGUCUAGCAAAGAUAUUGUAAGCCUUUGUUAAGCAUCUAAAAAGUUAUGCAAGUCUUGGAAAAUUUUAAGAUUUUAACAAGAAAUGCUUCAGUGCUUUUUACAUUGAUUUAAAGAUGAAUGAGCCAUCAGGGAUGAAAGCUUGUAUUUUGAUUCUGUUAGAUAGUAAUCAUUUUCUUGUGUUCAAAAUUAUUAAUUAAGUAAUAAGAUGAAAACAUUAAGUUCCUUUUAGGUUUAGCCAAAAUAACAAGAAUAAAUUUCUUUAGCUUUAGUUAAGUAAACAUAACUGAAAUAUGAGCAUAUUAAAUGUUAUACAUCUUCCAAAGUACCUUUGUUGAAAUAAAAAAUAAGACAUUUAUCUUCAA